AUGAGGAUCCUCUUCAUCCUUCUUUCCUCAAUUGUUGGACCAAUAAUCGCUGAGAAAAAUGUAAUUAUUUCGAUAUUAGCAAAUGAUGGAUUUCUGCUGCCAGCCAAGGUGUUAGCAUAUCGAAUGAAAAUGUUAAAUAUGUCUGUUCCGUACAUAUUAAUGGUGACGGAAAACGUUAGUGAGAGAAGUAUUGGUGAACUGCAGUCGCACAAAAUAACAGUACGACGUACAUCGUUAAUUACUGCUGCUCCAGCUAAAAAGGGAAUCAAAUAUCAGUACACGAGAUUGAGACUAUGGUCAAUGACUGAAUAUGAUGCUAUAAUGUAUCUCGAUUUGGAUGUUCUACCGCUGAAAGAUCUGAAACCAUUUUUCAAAUGUGGAUCAUUUUGUGCAAUAUUUCGUCAUUCCGAUAAAUUCAACUCGGGAGUUUUUGUAUUGAGACCAAAUUUAACGGUAUAUGAAGAUCUCUUGGCAAAGGCACCUCUUCUACCGACCUAUGACGGUGGAGAUCAAGGAUUUUUAAAUUCCUAUUUUGACCAGUUAAAAUUUACACCAAUGUUCGAUCAUACACAUCCGAACGAGCAGAAAUACAAAUCUGAGCAAAGAACGCUUUCCGCAGCAUUAAACUAUGAUAUUGGAAUGUACUAUUUAAAUGGAGGACGAUUUCUAGUGGAUCCUAUCAUUGUUCAUUACACAAUGGGGCCUACAAAACCAUGGAUUUGGUGGACGUAUCCGUUGUUUGAUUUGAAUUUAUAUUGGAGCAAUACGAGGAAAGAAAUGGAAAUAUUUUAUGGCGACACGAAUCCAGAUAUGGAACUAAUUAUUUUCGUUGUAUUAGUUGGUGUUUGUGCUUUGUUUUUCCGAAAGUUGAUUCUCAUGGGGACCGAGGAUUAUUUCCGUGUCGAUGCCUUAACGUCUUCCGAGGAUCGGACAGCUCAUUUCGUUAUAGUGUGGAUCUCGUUUUUACUAUCAGUCAAUUUGGUACCUCUAACAGCACAUCCGUUUGCCUCCUGGAUCUAUUUCAUAACAAAUUUGAAUAUUCUUAUUGUCUGCCUCAGUGACAUCUUUGUGAGGAUACGACUCGGGAACUAUACCACGAACUACACAUAUCCAAGGAUCCUCGCAUCCACGUUGAUCUCACUUCUUAUUCUGACCGCCUUGUCCUUGUUAGCGCUCACGCCAACAUUUGGCACUAGAGCAAUUCUUGCCGUCGUCUCCAUGAUCUCUUUAUUUUUCAUUAUUCCAUUAAUUUGUAAGAAGGUGCUCAUAGGAUGCUCCGAUUAUCAUUCCAGAUAUCAAUUGUUAUCUCUUAAGAAGGAAUAUACUCACUAG